GUGUUGCAUGCAUUGUGCAGAUCUUCAAAGUAACAGGCACAGCCUGCAGCAUGUAUCCUGCUUUUGCCACAGGGGAUGAGACUUCAGAUGUGUCCAGAUCUAAAGGGGUUUCAGGCUAGCCCACACUAUCUCUAUAGAAUCUCUAUGGCAUUAAAGACAGAAGACUCCGCUGACCACUUGCUACAGAGCUUGUGCAGAUUUGCUGAGAAUGCUACAGUUUUAGAGUCAUUUUCUAUGGAAAGUCAGUGUCUACCUGCUGUCAAUGAACAAACUUGUCAGGACCAUGCACGUUGCACAGACUCUGAAUCCCAAAGGCACAUUCUGAUGCAGCAGUGGCAGCUCUUGGAAGAACAGUGGGAGUACAUUCACCAUCUAAGGGCCGAUGUAGAAGCCCUAAAAUACAUGAUGCAUAGCUUCAUGGACUCAAGUGGUACUGAUAGUGGCUUGAAAGGUUCAAAUCAUCUCCCGUCCCCCCAAAACCCCGCUUUAUUUAAAGAGGAAGAAAUUAUUGCAAGUGCUCUAAACAGACCAAGCACUUUGCCUGAUCUCAAUGGACUUGAAGAGAACUUCACUACAGGUACCCAAAUCCAUGCUGCAUUUACAAGAAGCCCUAAAGAGAUGCCUGCUACAAGCACUCCAGUGAAGUCUGAAGCCACCUGGAGCUCCAGUCCAGCCCUCAGAGCAGAUGGUUAUUUUGUUCUUCCAGACAUUAUCCUGAACCCUCUGGAUGGAAAGAAGCUCAUUUCCAUGCUGCGCAGCUCCAACUACGAGCCACACCGCUUUGCAGAGCUUCUGUUUCAACAUCACGUACCCCAUUCCCUCUACCAACUAUGGGCCAACAAAGUGAACGUUGAUGGGUCCAGAGGGAAGGUUGCCCUGCCAAGAAACCUAGUGAUGGAUAUCAUGCACCAAACAUCCAAGAGGUUUGUCUUGGGCCCAAAGGAGAAACAAAAGAUUAUAGCCAGGCUGAAUUUUAUGUUGAGGACACGUCAUGGUAGCAUUUGGUGGGAUAUUGGCCUGUAAGCAAAACAUUUUGGUUUUAGAUAAGGUUUCUGUUAAUACACUGUGUUUUCCUGUUAACUGUUUCAAGUAGAGUUUUAGAAAUGGUUUGUUGUGUCCUGUCAAACGCACUAAUUUGCACAAAUGCACUUGGGUGAUAAGAUACCCUUCAUCAGAUAUUGCAUUCGAUAGCAGAACAGACUGUUGGGUUUAUGCACAGAUUUUGUUUUGGGUUAAGUUUUACUAAUUCCAGCACCAAGGUCACGGAUAUACCAAGCACAGAUUUGUCCUGUAUCAUGCACUAAUUUGCACAAGUGCACGUAAGUGAUAAGAUACCAUUUAUGCAUCAGAUGUUGCAUUAGAUAUAAGAGCAGCUUGUUGGAUUUAUGCACAGAUAUUGUUUUGGGUUAAGCUUUACCAGUACCAGUGCCAAAGUCACAGAUUUCUCCUGUAUGAUGCACUAAUUUGCACAAGUGCACGUAAGAGUGAUAAUACUUUCACACACAGUUUGUUGUAUCACGUAACAAAGCAAACGGUAAGGAAUGGUUUCAUGCACAGCUUUAGUUUUGGACUGAUUUAUUAAUCCCUUCCCUGGGCCACCGCCUCGGUUAAAUGAAGCACCCAUUCCUGUUGUGUUUAAUGCACUGAUUUGCACAAAGACACUUAGUUACAAGUUAUUUAUAAGUUAGUUAGCUGUAGGUGAUGGCAAGUUUCCGUUUUACACCAGAUACUGUAUCACAUAACCCAGCACAGGGCAUUAGACUCUGCACACCCCAUGAAUACACUACCCUUUUUUUUUUUCACACAGCAGACUUUCUGCCUCCACCUAUGCGCACAGGAGGCUACGGGGCAGUGCUCCCUGUUAAAAUGGUUUACACUUUUUUGCUGAUGUUUGUAACACUUAAUUUCAAGUUUUGAAAUCUUUCAGGUAAAAGUGCUGCCUGUGGUAGGGUUCUCCCCUUACCUUAUGCUGUAAACCCCCUGAUGCUUGUGAUGGAGGGUAGCAGCACAUACUUUGUUUAUAUCCCUAAAAUACAGUACUGUAGGGGCUUCAUGUUGAAACAAUAGUUAGCAUUGCUAUCUUAAUAUUGGAGGGGUUGCAUGGUGGCACAAUGAUUAGAUUUUUUGACCAUGCAGCACUUUCUACUGCCCAGAAAGGUUUGCUCCACCAAAGGCCAUUUGGCCUAUGACAUUGCUGAAAAAAAAAAAGCAGGUAAAGUUCACCGCAUAAAGGUUCUUUUAAACACAAAUGUGGUUAUGGCAUUAAAAAAUGGCAGGAGAAAAAACCCAGAAAUUGCGGGUUGCCCACAGUUUUGUGUGUUUUGUUGGCCCCCUACACAUAGAAGGCUGACCCGGCCACCCCUUGAGGCCACAGGGUCUGUUCCCUCUAUAGUUACGCCACUGACUAGGGAAUGUAAUAAAACCUGCAGUUUCCCAGGUAUAACUAUGGCAUAACUAUAAAGGAAGCCAACACAAAUGUGGUUAUGGCAUUAAAAAAUGGCAGGACAAGUCAACCCAGAAUAUAAUUUUUUGCCUAAUAAAAGAAACCAAAAUUCCAAGCAGCUUUGCAAUAAACAUUUACUACAAGUUUGUAAUGGUUUUUCAGUUAUUUUUAAAUAUAAUUGCUAAUAGAAGCAGUGUUGCCCUGCCCUGGGGGCUCUAGCAUUUGAAACAAUGUAACACAAGGCAGCAGACUGACAGACCUGUAUUGCUGGAGGAGACCGACCUUUGCAACAUUGUUUAAAAAGUCAUAACCAGGAGUCCAGCAAAUGCUGCUUUCACUAGCAAUUACAUUUACAAAUAACGUUUAAAGCACUGAACAUCUUAAUCAAUCAUUUUUGGAAAGUUGCUUAGAAUUGUGUUUUCUUUUAUUAGGCAAAAACUUAUUUUUGGAGUUGACAUGUCCUUUUAGUUUGCCAAGGAGCAGUAACCCAUAGCCACCAAUCAGCAUCUUAUUGGUGGCAAACUUAGUGCCAUUUUAUAACAUAUGGGGGAUAGAGCAGAGAUUCAUAUGCAAAUAUUGGGGAACUCCUUGGUUCUGAUUGGCUAAAAAGGUUGGCUUAUGCAUAAGAACAGUAGCAUAGACGUUGGCUUUGGCCUAGAGAAAUUAACUGGUUGACCAGGUAGUCGCCAUGUAGGAGUGAAAGUUUUACUUUCUCUAGAGGCCUAAAAUACCUAUGGUGUAUAGCAAAACAACACGCCUAGGAGAGGUCCAGGUACCCAUAGGGAGCCUACAUACAUAAUUUAGUGAUUUAGCCAUCACAUUGAUUGAAAACUGUGGUCAUGUCUGAUGGGUUUGCAAGCUAAGAAGAGUCAUCAGAUCAUUGUUCUAUAAAUCCAUUGUAAAAUCAAUUUUAUUGCUAUUAUAGCUUUUAAAAUGUGCCUUUUAUUAAAUAUUUCAUUGUAAUAUUUGUUUUGGGGUCAUAAAUAUUUUAAAGCUGUCAUAGCCCCCCGUUGUAGAGUUCCAGCUUUGGUUAAUAAAACAACUGCUCAGAGACUUGUUAGUUUCGCUGCACAAUUAUAAUUAAUGUAACGCUUAAUUACUUGAGUGACCACAAACAGCGGCUGUAACGAGCACCCUGCCAAGCUUGACAUCACUGUGUCUUAUCUGAGAUUUUAUGUCGGAUGAAAUAAAGAAAGCUGUGACCUUGUUUAUUCUAUUGUCGUCAUUAAACAGAGACUUGAGCGUA